AUGUCGUGGAUGAGCGCGAAGACCAUGCAGGGGAUGUUCCACAAGUUCUGCAGGCACUUCGCACGGGAGAUGUAUGAUGAACAAAUUCACCUCCCUACGGAAGAGAGCGGCAAGCUGGACCACGUCAUGAAGCAGUGCCCCUACAACCAAGCCCGUUCGAUCACAGGCGAGGAGGGGUUUCCCACGAUCGCGUACGAGGUCACGGUUGAUCACGCUGGCCGGGCAAUUGCCGUGACUGAGGGUUUCACCGGCUCGACGAACGACAAGACCAUCGUCUGCUGGGAUGCCGCGGUGGAGAAGAUUCGGACGGACAAGCAGUACACGGAGAAGACGUUCGACGUGUACAAUGAGGACGGCACGACGACGACGCUCAAGGGGUGCUACUUGCUCGUCGUAAACGGGUACCACAAGGUGCAUAGACUAUAAAAUAAGUACUACAUACAGUGUUUGAGUGGCGAAAACAUUUGUUUGGAAGAGACAUGUAUCCGGCCUGAGACAGAGAGUGCAGACAGACAGAGACAGAGACAGGGAGAAAGAGAGAGCGCUGGCCAGUCAAGUCUUUGUUCUCGGGGAAAAUGACGCAGAGCUACUUUCGGACCGUUUCAACGCAAAUCGUUUCAUGGUAGUGAGAUGUCGGAUACGGCAAUCAAAACCUCGGCUGCCCGCUCUUGCAAUCUACUCCGGUGUUUCAUAGCUGCUGUUAUUUUUCGAGCGCCUCCGUUCAACCCCGAAGCCCCCCCUUGAGUCUCCGAGUUUGAAUUUCACAGCUUUCAACAACGUUGUUGAGUAGCUUGGUGCGCCCGGCGCAGUUGUAGAUGGCAAAAAUAAAAGAACCGCGCGGCGAGUUUGCCGGCAACGAUAUAAUACAGUAAACUAGUUAGGCCUGUCCUCCAUCGGCCGUUUUAUUUUCGAUUUAGAUACACUAACUUUAUUUCUAUACUAAUUUCAAGUAAUUCCACCUUCUUAUUCUCCGUCAUACAAGCAAAACGGCCGAUGGAGGACAGGCCUAAAAACUAGUAAACUGCCCACGGAUGCGGUUACCCGCCGCAUCUGUGAUGUUCCGGAGCGUGAUGGCUCUGAUGUGUUGAAGCUGGUGCUGUGAUAGCUGUUGUGAUGGCGUGAUAGCCUAGAGGCGUGACAGCCUGGCAGCGUGAUAGCCGGUGGAUAUGUGUGGACACGGGCGUGAUAGCCCAGAGCGUGAUAGCCGGGAAAAGGAAGAUGAAAUUUAUCUAAGGGCACGUGGUCAACACCGUUGCAGGCACGUAUACCCCGCAAACAGCAAUAUGUAUGUGGCAAAGAUGGUGCCACCAUUCCCCCAAUGUACCACAACUGCGGAACCCCAAAAAUUCCCCGCUCCAUCUUCUCGGAACGUUCCUCGGUUGCAAUAAUCUGUCAAUGCUGUGAGUACAUCCAACAGCCCCCCUGCUCGCUGCAUUGUCAAGAAUAUUCCCGGACUUACGUAUCACACAAAACCCAUCCCAAAAGCUCCAGAAAUCAAUGUCAAUGUCCAACAGUAGUCGGAUCUCCUCCUAUUCUCUUGUAACAAAAAUAAACCAUAAAACCAGAAACUAGUAGUUCCUACCAGAAUUUCCAUCGGCCCCCAUUCAUUGUGUCCAGAAUCUCCAAGGAUCAAAACAUUCACUACAACCAUUAAAUCAGAAACACUGAUGAUUGGAAUUCCCAUCGGUUGAGAACCAUUAAACCAGGAACAACACCACCAAGAAUUUCCAUCGGUCGCUGGUGAAUUUUCCAAAUUUCCAAUAUCAAAUCAUUCAAAACUCAAAUAAUAGAAACAACCGCCAUGGGUCAUAUCGGAAACAAAUUAAUACAAACUAUUAUGGAUAUUGUGGUAUACCCCAGCAAGGUGGCAGAGAGGCUGUGUCCUUGACGCUAAUCAAGUUGGUGACACUAGUAGUGUAGUGGACGCCCUGGGAGACGUGAGUGCUUCCGUGUGAUGAAGAAGGUGACAAGAUGUUGUGUGUAAACACUCGUGCUUAUGUGGCCAACACACACAGAUAAACCGCAGAGUAUGCAGGAGUCCAGAAGAUGGCUGGGUACUGGAGAUGACCAGGAUGGCUACGAUGCCAGACAGUCAGGAAGGAUCCACACGAGAGAGUGAGCUACUCGUCAAGGCAACAUAGAACCCUACAGAAGUAAUUCCUCCGCAUAUACAACGCACGUUACAUACCAACCGGCACAUAACAGAUCUACGAUGAUCUACGACGUACAAGUGCAGCGCUACUGAACAUUGACUCAUAAUGGCUAUGUGCUAACAGAGCC